AUGGACGAAGUCGACAUACUGUACGAUAUGCUUAUGCCGAAUGUUAGCACCGCAGAUACAGAAGAAACUGUUUGUACGAUAUCGCCGCCGCUCGUCUCUAGUACCCCGAAAAGGAAACCAACAUGGACAGAUCUCGAACAGAGUGUUCUCUUGGAAGAAGUAACCAAAAAGGAGAAGUCUCUAUUUGGAAAGUUUAAGAGGUGUGGUAGAGGGAAAAAAGAACGGGAGACAGCAUGGGAAGAUGUGGCAAAAGCGGUUUCCCAAGUUGGUGUUUAUGCCCGAACAGGAAAAGAAGCUGGAAAACAGUAUGCAAACUUGAAAUGCAGAGCUAAGGAUAAAAUUUCACAGAUGAAGAGGCCUAAAACCGGUGGAGGACCGAAACCCCAGUCCCCCACCCCCAUAGAACGAGCCGUCAUCGACUCAAUGGACGGUCGGCCCUCACUUCAGGGUCUCGACUCCGGCAUUGAUACUGGAGAUGUAAUGGACUUCGAGUCGAGCGUGGAGUGCCACCAGUCAACGUCAUCAUCUCUGAGCACCACCAGUUCAACCGUUCCGGCUCCCAAAACCCCGACUGUGAGUCAUUGUGGUCAAUCUACAUCCAACAAAAAGCAAAGUUUGAUGGAUCUACAAAAACAGCUACUGAUGAAGGAAAUGGAAAAGAUGGAGAUGGAAAUGGAAGUCAUGGAAUUAAAGAAGGAGAAACUGAAAGAGGAAAUUCAUCUUUUGAAGUUAAAGACGGAGAAAUUAAUCAGUGAACAAUAA